GGCGAUCACCGAAGGGUGGCAUUCGCGAUCACCUUGGACCAGCGCCGUCGCUGGUGCUGCUUGUCUCCAAACGUCGCACUUGUCCCGUGGAUACUUUCUGUGGCACUCGUUCUGGAUAUCCGGACCUCACGCGAGUCUAUUUUACAAGCGGGAACACUGUACAAAAGAACAUCUCUCGCUCUGCUGUACACCUUGAACGACUUCUCAACACCAACCAAUGUCGGAACAACGGGCGGCCGCGUCCGAGGUCGUCGCCGUCGCCUACGUGCUCGACUCCUCCCUCGCGCUCGCAUACGAAUGGGGUCCUAUUCUCCACGGCUAUCUCAUUCCCCUCCUCCAACGCCUCGGAGAGCUACACAGCCCCCUCGGUCGCGCACAGUUCCGCUUAGGUGUCGUGAGCUACGGCCACGCAGAGACAGAACCGACGCCCGUUCUGGGCAAACUCUUCUUCGCUCCGCCCGCAGCUGUCAUCAAUGACCUAUCAGUUGACCCCAGCAAGCUGGGAAUCGGCAUGACAGGCUCUGGAGGAGGCAAGGGCAUGGCAGCGCUCGAGGGGCUGGUCGCUGUGAUGGAGCUAUUUGAUCAAUUUCGGGAGUCACUAGACGUCCCCUUGGCCGCCUCGUAUAUAAUCCACAUUGCAGCGAUGCCUCCCGACAACUCUGAGCGGCCCGUAUGGAACAUGUCUCCAAUCCUAGACGACGUCUCAUGGGACACACUCCCUUCCGAGCUACAAAAGCGAGAUAUCAGCUACAGCAACAUCCUCCUGAAGCAACAACUUCCGCGCUUCCCAGAGCUGCACGCUGCUGCUGCCGCAGGGUCGACUCAGAAACCGUGGUUCCAAGUCCUUCCGCAACAUGUGCUCCAUCUGAGCGGUUUCCCAACUUUGCAGCAGAGAGGAAUGAAGCGUCCUCAUGAUAGCGCCGUCGAGGGCAGUCCCAACUCGAAACGAGCACGCGUGCACACCCACCCCAUCCAACCAUCCCCCACCAUCACCAACACCACCCCUCGCACACCAUCCAUCUCCGUCCCCACAUCAUCCACGAACCCCCCAUCGCACACAAAUCCCAAUCCUCCCACUGCCACCGCGCCCACCGCAAAGCCGCACCCGCCCCCGCAAGUCACCGCGGCGCAGGCGGCCGAACGCUUCCGCCAGCUGCAGCAGGGCCUCCAGCAGAAGCAGAAGGAGUAUGCGGCGCUGAUGGCGGCGGGGCGGCAUGCGGAGGCGGCGGUGGUGUCGAGGGAUGUGCAGAAGCAUUCGGAGAUGUUGAAGCAGUUGCAUAUGAUUGUGUCGCGGUUGAAGGAGAGCAAGAUGGGGGCGGCGCAGGUGCAGGCGCUGGUGCAAGGACAAGGUCAGGGACAGGUACAGGGUGCAGGAACGAGCGCAGGUGCAGGUGCGGAGGGGGCUGUUUCUACUGGCCAGGUGCAGAGCGUGGAGGCACAGCCAUCGACGUCGACGUCGGCGCCGCAGCAAAUCUCAGGCCACCACCCUCCCAAGUUCCAAGAGAUGCCUGCACCCAACUCAUCUCCACUCCCUCCGCCCGCCUCUUUACCACAGCCGACGAACGCCGUGCCUUCCCAAGUUCCUCGUCCGACCUUCCUACCACCAGCGCCAGAUCCGAGGACCGUACCGACGUAUCCCCCCGCGCCGCCCCAGGUGCGCUCGGCCGCUCAACCGCUUGCUGUCGCCGGUCCGAGCAACUCAGCGCAGGGAAGACAUGACGUUAUUGGGCAGGUCGUGUGGGAGGGCUUGUUAGCGUGGACGGGCACGGGUAAUCGGACGGGUAGCGCGCAGGUCUCGCUGCUCGCGGGGAAUUGCGUCGAUCAGCUGCGGGCUAUGCAGUGGCCGAGCGUGUUUAUGCUGAAGCGUUCGCAGCACCCCGCGCUUCCUCAGCAGAUUUUGCAGGAUUGGAUCAAAAGGAAUGCGGGGCAGUGUGCUAUCGUGCAUGUUAUACCGCAGCCUCGGCUUGCGGACGCGAAGACUAAUGAGGAGAGCUUUGCUGCUCUCGCGCGGCUGCUAUCUGAUCAAAGCAGGUACGCGGUGGCAGCGUUCAGCGGGCCCAACGGCGAGAACCGCGACCGCAUCCUUUUAUUCCCCGGCAAACCCGGUCAAUUCGUCAGCGUCGUCUUCCUAGGCAAGGAAGGCAUGCCGGAGCUCCCACACGAGGUGUGCGGGAUGCCGUUAUCGAAGAUUCCGCCUCAGUUUGCGCUGUUGUUGUAUAAGUUGCCGCAGGCGCGCCAGGCGAUGUUGAUGGAGCUUCCGCAGGAGAAGCGGGUGCAGCAGAUACAGGCGUUUAUGGCGCAGCAGAUCAAGUUGCAGGCGCAGGCGGCGCAUCAGCAACAGCAACAACAGCAACAACAACAGCAGCAACAUGCACAGCAGCAACAGGCACAGCAACAGCAAGCAGUACAGAAUCAGCUGCAGCAGUUUGCUGCAAAUUCUGCGCGGCUGUCUAAUAUUCAUCCUGGAGCGUUCCCAACCGCAGCCACACAGCCACUGCAGACGCAGCCCCCCUUCCAACUGACCCAACAACAACAGGGAGGAUUCGUCCCCCGCCCGAACUUUUACGGGAUGAACCCGUUCGUGGGCGACCCCCCGCGGCUCGACAGG